GACCCCGCCUUGUUCGGCGUCGGGAACCAGGUCCCCCAGCUCCGAGUUUAGUAUACCAAACCCCCGGGUCCGUAGGGUCCAUUGUGCAAGUCACUAGACGACGGACACGACGCAACAACAAACAUGACCGACUCCCCCCAACCGGCAACGCCGCCGGUGCUGGCGCCGAACCUCGAGGCGCAGCUUAUGUGCUCCAUAUGCACCGAACUGCUGUACCAGCCCCUGACCCUGCUGGACUGCCUGCACACCUUCUGCGGCGCCUGCCUCAAGGAGUGGUUCCGCUUCCAGGCGGACCGCGUGGAGUCGGCCCCGGGCCCGCCGCCGCCGCCCUCGGUGCCCGUCUUCACGUGCCCGAGCUGCCGCGCGGGCGUGCGCGACACCAAGCACGACGCCCGCGUCUUCAGCCUGCUCGACAUGUUCCUGGCCCUCAACCCGGCCCGCGCCAGGUGCGAGGAGGACCGCCGCGACAUGGACGCCCGCUACUCACGCGGCGAGCCCGUCCUCCCCCGCGUCCGCAGGCUCGAGGACCGCACCGAGGAGGAGCGCCUCGCGGACGAGGAGGACCGCCGCGUCAUCGACGAGGUGAGGGCCCUCAGCCUGAGAGAGGCGACCGAGAGGGCAGCCGCUGCCGCCGGUGCAUCUGCAUCUGCUUCUGCUUCUGCUGUCGGGGGGAGGAGUACCGGGAGGGGGAGAAGUACCGGGAGGGGGAGAAGGAGCAGGGAGGCGAGCCGCGUGAGGGGGUCCGGGGAGAGGGAUGAGAUGGGUGGGUCCGGGAGAAGGGCGCACAGCGUGGCGAUGAGGUCCGACGGCGGGGGUGAGAGGGAGACCGAGGGGGCAAUGAGAAGGAGGAGGAGGGGGGGGAGUAGCGAAACGAGACAGAGGCCGCAGCAGGUGGAGCACCAGUCCUCGCUGAGGAACCUAAUCAGUGCGGAUACGAUGGACGCGAGGGAUAUUGAGAGGGAGGUGGAGGAGUUUGCAAGGCAGAUCCAGGAGGAGGGCCUGUUGGACGGGCUGGAUCUGGACAACCUCGACCUCGAGAACAACGACGAGCUCAGCCGCAAGAUCACCGAGGCGUACAGGAGGCGCCAGCGCGAGAGGAGGAGAGACGGCGGGAGGAGAAGCAACGCCAGCGCUCACUCGCACCGAUCCGACGCCACUGCGCCGCGGCCCAGGUCCCGAGCGGACGACGACUCACGCCCAACGAGCCGGCACGCGGCGCAUUCGAGGGCACCGAGCGCGGGCGGCGGUGAGGAGCGCGGCCGGUACCCCCCUUCCAGCUCGGCGCACCUUGACGUCCAAGAGCCGACCAGGAGGAGGCGAGGUUCCAGCAGCGGCCGGAGUGCGACCCUGCCUGUCGUGCCCACCCAGACUGAUGUCAGAGUGGGAUCUCGGGCGCAGACGGACCUCUCCUCCAGGUCUAGGCCUGUGACCAGCGACGCUCACGUCAGGCGGCCGAGUGCGGGCAUUGAGGCGAGAAGCGCGAGCUCGCCGACAUCUGCCACGGUUUCGGGGUCUCGUGCAGACUCUCCCGCCAACCGAGGGCUUCCCUUCAGCGCUCGGGCAGCUGCAGGGUCGGGCGCCCAGCCAGAGGCUCGAUCGACUUCGACCAGCAGCAGACUGAGGUCGUCGGACCAACCGGCAGCAGCGCCUGAGGUCGGGGUGGAAUCACCGACGCCAGGGUCCGUCUCAUCCCCCAUCAGCCCAACCGUCGCCUCGCCUCCUGCAUCCUCGCGACGACCGCAGCCGCCCCGGUACAAAGAGCCCUUGAUCAACUGCAUCACCUGCCAUAAGGAACACAUCGAAUACGAAGUCCAUUACAACUGCUCCAUCUGCCACGACGGCGACUGGAACAUUUGCCUCGACUGCUGGCGCCGGCGCAAGGGCUGUCUGCAUUGGUUCGGCUUCGGGUCCGCUGCCCGGGCGCGCUGGGAGAAGCACAAUCUCACCAACCUUCCAACGCCCCCUCCACACGUGCUCCUUGCCCACCGCUAUCUCCCUCCGAAGCAACCGCUGAGCCGCGCCGAGGGCCGCCGCGCCCUCACGACCGAGAACCCUCUGGACCGUCUACAGACGGGCACAUUCUGUAGCCGCUGCUCGGCCUGGACCAACGACUGCUACUGGCGCUGCGACGUGUGCAACGACGGCGAGUGGGGCUUCUGCACCGACUGCGUCGACCAGGGCAACGCAUGCUCCCACCCUUUACUCCCGCUGGCUUAUCAGCCUCCUCCGCCCCGACUCUCCUCAUCCUCCGCCUCCUCGCCCUCCUCCUCCUCUCCCUCUCCUUCCGCUCCGCCGGCCUCAUCCGCUCCUAGUAACAACAACAGUCAUGACGCCGCCGUCGCCCCCGUUCCGGCAUCAACACCAACCGGCUCCUUCCACCCGCUGUCCGCUCCCGCUUCCCCGUCCUGCUCGACAUGUCGCACCCCCAUUCCCCUGACUGACUCCCACUUUCACUGCUACGCCUGCCCCUCGGCCCCGGAUCAGAGACAAGGGAGCUACAAGCUCUGCUUACCCUGCUACGGCGCCCUCGUCUCGUCCGGUUCCGUGGCGCCCGAGAACGGCCCGACUGGUUGGCGGCGGUGUCCGCGGGGCCACCGGAUGGCCGUCGUCGGGUUCGUGCCCGACGAGAGGCAGCGCGGGCUGUGGAGGCGGGUGGUGCAGCGGGACCUGGUGGGCGGGAGGAGGGCCAAGUUCGAGGACCUCGGCUCCGCGGCGCCGCCGGGGCUGCGGGUCGCGACCUGGCGGGACGCCGCGGGCCGCAAGUUCGAGAGGCUCUUCUCGGCGGACGUGAGCGCCUCCACGACCGGGGCAGCGGCCGCGCUGGGCGACGGGAGGUUCGCCAAGGUGUUCCCUCCGGACGGCGGAACGGGCCAUCGGGCAGUGGCCGGCUGGGGGUGGACGCCUGCGGCCGGGGUCGAGGACGAGCUGCUGUUUCCUCGCGGGGCGGAGAUUCUCGAGGUUGAGGACGUGAAUGGCGAGUGGUUCCACGGCUUCUACAUGGGCGCACAGGGUCUGUUUCCCGCGCCGUACGUGCGGCUCGUCGGGAGGUGAUGGGAAGAGGGAAAAUUAAAAAAAAAAAAGCAUGACCUUGCCAGGAGGUAUACCCCGUCUCAUGCUGUUAAAGAUUUGUUGUCUUUCAUUUUGGAUAGCACUGAGGAUAUGUAAAGUUAUUGU